AUGUUCACCUUUCUCCAAAGUUUUCUUUCACAUGCAAACUUCUAUUCGCCAUUCUCUAUGUUUUUCUUCACUUUCUUCCCACUCUUACUAUCUCUUUUCUUCAUAAUCAAGUAUUUGUAUUAUUCCAACAAUUCUUCUGCCACCGCAAAGAACUUACCACCAUCACCUCCAAGAUUUCCACUCCUUGGCCGCAUGGUAAAAUCUUUGAUAUCCUUUAUUACGGUUCCAAGGACGUGGGUGGUUAUAGGAAAGAGAUGCCGUGAAGGAAGAGGGAAGAAAUUGCGGCAAGUGUUGUCGGAGUUUAUGGAAUUGUUGGGAACUAUAUGCAUAGGAGACUAUAUACCUUGGCUUGAUUGGUUGGGAAAAGUAAAUGGUGUUUAUAGAAAAACAGAAAAAGUAGCCAAGUAUUUGGAUGAGUUUAUAGAAGAAGUAAUUGAGGAUCACAUUAGUCGUAGAUCUGAUGAAGAUGUUGGUGUUGGUGAUAAUGAUUUUGUGGAUGUUUUGCUUUCAGUUCAAAAGACUAAUGCUAUUGGCUUCCCAGUUGAUAGAACUACAAUAAAAGCUUUGAUACUGGACAUGCUUUUUGAUGGUAGUGACACUACUUACACAGUACUAGAAUGGGCGAUGACAGAACUGUUAAGACACCAAACUGUGAUGCAUAAAUUGCAAGAUGAGGUGAGAACUGUGGUUGGUGACAAAACUCGUGUAGCUGAAGAAGAUUUGGUUAACAUGAACUUCUUGAAGGCAGUGAUCAAAGAAACACUUCGUCUCCAUUUAUCAGUUCCGUUAUUAGUCUCUCGGAGAUGUAUGGAAGAUAUCAAAUUAGAUGGCUAUGACAUUGCAGUUGGCACACAGGUAAUAGUGAAUGCUUGGGCGAUUGCAAGAGACCCUUCAAGUUGGGAAGAACCUCUAGAGUUUAAACCAGAAAGGUUUAUGAAUAGUUCAAUAGAUUUUAAAGGAUUGGAUUUUGAACUUAUACCAUUUGGAGCUGGAAGGAGGGGUUGUCCUGGAAUGUCAUUUGCUAUUGCUUUGAAUGAGUUGGUGCUAGCAAACCUUGUUUGCCAAUUUGAUUGGAAAUUGCCUGAUGGAGUAGCCGGGAAGGAUUUGGACAUGUCUGAGACUGUGGGCAUUACCUGUCAUAGGAAAUACCCUCUCCUUGCUGUGGCUACCAAACAUGAGAAAAAAUGA